AUGCUGCAUCAAGACUACUUUCAAAAACCUAAACCAUUUCUACUCGGAUCCUAUGUGAACUACAUCACUUUUCCAAUUGAGAAAAGUAACUUAACUUGGAAUUUCUGGAUUCAAACUAUCCACAAUAUCGAUUGGGGUUUCGCAGUGGAUACUACGGAAUCUGACAAAACGAAUAAUGUGAAAUUCAGCAUUUAUCAAAAAAAGACGCCGGAAAACUUUCGUUCAAUUGAACUGGAUGUUGGAAUCGUUGUGGACAAUCUGGAAAACUCAGAAUAUUCUAUUAAAGUUUCUGGAAACUACGAAUUCACAGAAGAAAACAAUAACAUGGUCAUCGAAAUUCCAGGAUUCGAUAAGAUUAUUGACUGGAAACAAGGAUUUUAUGACGAUAAAGCGGAGGAAAAAAAGUUUAAAAUUCGUUACAAUAUGGUUGUGAAGUCAGUUAGACUGUACGAUUCUGUGGAACUUUUUGAUUUUUAUAAUUUCGAUCCGACAAUUUUCGAUACGUCAGUCAAAGCUUUCGGACAUACCAUGUUUGUGUCAAAAAAGAUGAUUUCCCUUCAAUCUGCAGUUCUCUCCGGGAUGAUCGAAGCUCAAAACAUCGAGUGGACAGAUCUUCCAUCCACCUGUUGGUUCGACAUCUUUCAUGACUUUCUCCAAAUUAUUCAUGGUGUAGAUCUCUUUUUAUACAAGUCCAACAUCGGCGAGUUUCUGAAACUGGCUGAUCACCUGAAAGCACCACGCAUCACCGAGUACUGUAAGAAGCAAAUGAUCAACGGAAGUGGAGGAAUUUCGUUGAAGGAGACUAUUGACUUGGCUGAAAAAUGGUCCUUGUGGGAUGUAAUUCCUCGGAAGCUGGCUCAAGCUCGUUGCUUGGCGGACUUGAAAGCACAAAAUUGGGAGUUGGACAACCUGGAUGACAGUAUUAUUAAACAGAUUACUCGUAGAAUUUUUGAAUUGGACCAUUGA